AUGCAACAAGAAUUUUAUGAACCUUAUGCUACUGUAUUUCUUUAUUCAGGUCGUCCAAAUCCACAUUGGCGAUUGUCACUAGAAGAUUGGCAACAAUUAAAUCAAUUGAUUCAAAAAUUACCACAAUUAAGUGAUAACAAUGGUUCUUAUCGAUUCGAUGGCAAUUUAGGUUACUCAGGGUUUUAUGCCCAUUUUGCAAUUGUUUCAAGUUAUCCCGAUAUUUAUUAUGUAGCUAAGACACAUCAAGUAGUUCUAUCAAAUCCUGGCGGACAUUUAAUUUAUAAUGAUGAACAGAAAUUAAUAGAAAAAUGGUUUAUAAUUAGUGCACAAAAUCAUAAUAUUCAAUUACCAUCACUAGUCUAA